UCUCCAUUGGUUUAAAGAACCUGGCGUUUGAAUGUUCCUUUGUCAAGAUCAACACUGGUGAACCCUGUACUUCAUGUUCAUGCCAUGUGCUUGUUUCUCACAUUCUUACACUGGGUGAUAAAUGUUAUCAUUACUCGUGCCAUUCCUAGAACUUUGUACCACAGAACAAACAGGUUUGAUUGGUCUAUGUUUGACCAAUCAGCCAGCUUUGUUUACAAGACUCAGUCAAAGAGAUCCCACAGAGUGGACCUUGUGAUUUGUCAUUCAUUCUUGAAACUGGACACCUACAUGGCUCUUCAGGUCAUCCUGCCUUGACAACUGAUUUGCUAUUUUUUUGUUAAGUUUGUCAAUCAGGCUGUCUACAACAAGCAUGAUUCUUACUUUUGUGUGGAAUUUCCUGGGUGCAAUCCUGAAUGACCCCCACAUUACUGUAAUGUCACUCAAAAUUGAUUGAAAGCCUCCAUAACAAAUUAACUAUUAAGGCAGGCAGGCCUAAAGAGAACAACAGAAAAAAAUAGAGAGUGUGCAAAUGAGAGAGAAAGAGAGAGAGAGACAGUCCGAGUGUGGAGACGGGCCGACACAAGCACAGCCGGAGGAGCCCAGAGCUCACACACUGCUCUGCUGGAGUUGUGGAAGAUAAGCUGCAUUUCUUCACUCACUGCAGCAAAUAUCAGAGCAUCAAAGAUGCUUACUUCACACAAAUAUCUCUAAUACCACAAUUCUAGUAAGCCACAAAUACAGAGAAACUCCAUUAUAUUUUGUGAAAAAAUGAAAAGUUUCUCCACCUAGCAGCACAGUACAUGUACUCAUGACACUAUAUGACAGAAAAAGGCUGAACCCCUUAUCCCUUAUUUAAGCUCUCUGUCCUUAACAUUUAUUAUUAUAUACUUUUAUUAAUCUUUUUUAAUAAACUUGCUUAAUGUGACAACAUAUAUAGGGGAGAAUAGGAGAAAAAACAGACAUUGCCCCAAGAACUAUGUUCAGGCUGUUUACAACAAGUAUGAUUUUCACUUUGGGGUGAAAUUUCCUGGGUUCACUCCCGGACAAACCCCCACAUUACUGUGAUGUUGCUCAAUAAUGAUUGAAUGCCUCCAUAACAAAUCAACUAUUAAGGCAGGCAUGCCUAAAGAGACCAACAGAUAAAAGGAGAGGGUGUGCAAAUGAGAGGGAGAGAGUUGGAGGAAAAACAGGCAUUCUCACAAGAACGGCAUACUUAUUAAAGCAGACAACAUUUUCCAAUUUCCUUUAGUCCAGUUUUGGUGAGCCCAUAUAAAUUGUAGUCUCCUUUUCUGUGUGGUCUUUUGGUGCUGUAAGCAAUUUGGCUCAAUGUGUUGUAUGUUCAGUUAUUGUGGCCUUUCUAUCUAGUUAUUUUCCUCAGAACAGUGAUUUCAAGAAGGAACAUUCACCCACAGAACUUCCAGUCAGAUUUCCUCUUUUUAGACCAUUUUCUAUAAAUUCUAGAGAAGACAACGAUGAUGAUGAUGGUGAUGAUGAUGAUGAAACAACUAUGUUCAAACUCAACCAACUUCCCACACCCCAAUUCUGAUGCUCAAUUUGAGCAGACUAUCUGAACCAUGUCUACAUUGCUUUGCUGCCACAGAGAGUCUGAUUAUUUGCUAUAAUGAUUAUUUGAACUGGUGUAUGUAAUAUACUGUGUCUGUGUGUUUUUCAGUUCAAUUAAAUAUUGUCUUUUAUUAAUCCCUGUCCAGAGGUCAUCAUGAACAGAAUAUGGACUUUGUUCAAAUCCCAUCCAUACAUUCCCAAUGUAGUGGGAUACACAACUCUGUUUGCCACAGCAGAUCUUAUUCAGCAAGGUGUGAUGGGAAAAGCACAGGACAAAGAGACAGAACAAGAAGUACAAGAUACAUUGAAGACCUCCAUUGAGAGAUUUACUGUAUCAAAAGAAGGAAAGACAGAUGAUUUAACACUGUACAAUGCCAAAACAAAUGAUGCAGGAAAUCAAACCUUAAGUGAAAUGCAACAUGUUCCACAGUUUCAUAGAAGUUUCAUUGACUGGUCCCAGACUGCACGAGUGGCAUUGGUUGGGUUUUGUUUCCAUGCUAACUUCAAUUACCAUUGGCUACGGGGACUAGAGAGAAUGUUUCCAGGAGGAGGAACCAAGAGAGUGUCACUUAAAGUGAUUUUGGACCAGCUAAUUGCUGCCCCUAUGACGAUAAGUGCUUUCUACAUUGGGCUGAGCACACUGGAAGGUGCAGAAGAUCCCUUUGAAGACUGGAAAAAUAAAUUCUGGACCUCAUAUAAGACUGGUGUGGUUUACUGGUCAACAAUGCAGGCUGUGAACUUCUCCCUGAUCCCACCAGCGGCUCGCACUGUUUUUGUUGGAGGAGUUGCUCUCGGCUGGACCAUCUUUCUGUGUCAUUUUAAGCAACAGAAGAGUGACGUCCGGAGUUAGGCUUUUUAUGUACAACUGUCUGUCUUUGAAUUUUUUAAAACAUGGAAUUGCUUAAAUCUAUAUCUUAAUGUGCAUAUAUGCAGCUAUGUACAUAGUACACAUUACGUAAAAAUACAUUAAAGCUUGUUUGUAUUUUAAGCAACUAAGCUUCAAACAACUGUUAAAUCUAAUUUGCAGUGAAAAAAAAUCACGUAUCAAACUCAGUUCUUGGAGGGCCACAGCUUUGCACAGAUUAGUUCCAACCCCUAAUUAAACAUAUCUGAUCAAACAAAUUAAGUGCUUAAGGCUUGUUUGUUACCUACAGAUAGGUAUGUUGAAGCUGGGCUGGAACUAAAUUAUGCAGUGUUGUGGCUCUCCAGGAAUUGAGAUUGACAUCACUGUUUUAAAUGGUUCAAAUUAUGCUACAUAAUAAAAGCUCAGUUUGUUUUAACCAUGAUAUACUUUAUUCUAAAAAAAAUAAAUAAAUAACAAGGGUUAUGUGAAUUUGUAUUUAAUGCUUAUGAACUACUUCAAAUGCAAUUAUUGAAUUUGGUCAAAAUUAUGUGUAAGUGGAUCUGUUGAAUGUAUUUAUUCUUAAAAUAGUUAUCAAAAGCAGUGCAUUCCUAUAAGCUAUCAAGUGUUUAGUAAAAUCUGAACAUAAAAUAACAGGGUGAAUGUGUAAGAGGAGGAUGUGUAAGUUUUUUACCCAUCAGUGCACGUACACUCACAUUUUGCCAAACUCCAGGAAAGAUACACUUGGUGGGAAAGAAAAGAUCUUGUUGUGAUCUUCUAACUCCUGAUGUCACAAUGUAUCAGGCUUUGGCCUUGGUCAGUACCAAACUGUUUCUGCCUGCAUUGUACAAAACAUGUUGUUUAUUAAAAGAGGUUCAUUAAAAAUUUCCAUCACAUUA